AUGGAGCUCCGGCUGGGUUGCGCACUCGUGCCGGUGCUGGUGCUUCUGCUGUUGAUGCUGGCGGUCCAUUCUUUGAAAGAUUCGGCUGUGUUGAGGGCCCUGAAGCGGGAGGCCGCCCAAGAGGACGACCUGGGCCAGGUGGUCGCUUUAGAACUUCGCAACCGUGGGCUGACGGAUUUGGGACCGAUCGACAAAUGUCAAAGACUUAAAGUCGUGGACUUGGCUUUUAAUCAACUAAAAGGCGUGAAGGGCCUGAAGGUUCUGAAUGUGUCCUUUAACCAGCUUUCGUCACUUAGCAGCCUUGGCCGGCUCACGUCCCUCGAGGUCCUGCAUGUAGCCGGUAAUCAACUUACAGAGCUGGAGGGUCUUACGGCUUGUCCAGCUCUGCGCAUCGUCAACGCAUGUUCCAACCGCUUACAGCAUCUGAAGGGCCUGGCGCGCUGCGCUGCGCUCCAGGAGCUGCACGUCGCCGAUAAUAAACUUUCGGACCUCUCGGGGCUAAAAACCGUCGCCAGCACUCUGGAGAUCCUGGACGUGAGCGGCAACGGACUGACCUCCUUGACGGGUCUGUGCGCUCUUCCCAAGCUCAGCGAGCUGUACACCCGAGAGAACUUGCUGGAGGGUGUGGAGGGGCUGGCGGGCAAGGUGCCUGUACUGGAGCUGCUGGAUCUCGCAAGCAACCGCCUGGCCAUCACCGCGACCCAGCUAGCUCAGGCGCUGUCCCCCCUCACAGACCUCGCAGCGCUACAGCUCCACGGCAAUACGCGACUCUGCUCGGCUGGCGCUACAGCCAACGGAACCUCCUCUUCCUCCUCUAUCGCCGUCGGCAGUAGCACUGCUGCGGUAGUCAGCGCCAGUAGCAGUAGUUAUGUUACGGAGCUCUUUGCGGCGUUGCCAUCCCUGGAGUUGUGCGAUCGCCAGGAGCGGGCGCAGGUGCUGGUGGUGGCGGAGGAGCCGGUGGCGGCGGCGGCGGCUGGUGCUGGUAGUGGUGGAGCGGCUGGCGGCGGUGCAGCGGAGGAAGCGGUAAAAGGCGCUGAAGAGGAAGCAGCCCCGUUGCCUAAUUUGGAUCCCACGAUUGCGGAGAUGGAGGCCUUUCGACAGCGACUGGGGAUUCGAACCUACGCGCCCCAGUACGCGGGUCGCCCAGCCACCGCCGCAAGGCCGGGUACGGCGGCGGGGAGUCGGCCGGGGACCGCUGCGGGGGGCAGGCCGGGCACCGCUGGGGGCGGGCGGCCGGGAACAGCUGGUCGUCCUGGCUCCCGUGGCCGGCCCCUCAUGACCCCCGCCAACCGGCUGGCGGGGGGUGUGAUGAUGGACCCGGAUGCAUUCGCAGCAGCGCUAGGGGAUUUCCGCGAGACCAUGGCCUCCUACUCCAGCAGUCUCAAGUCCGUGUUGACCAAGAUGAGGGCCAAUUUGAAGCUACCCGCGUACGAGGCGGCGCAGAGGCUUAAAACGGAGGGAGCGCCGCAGUCCGAGGUCCCUCCCCCGGGUCCUAUGUCCCAACGUCCAUCCACGCAACUGCCCGCCAUGCCGCUGGCGCCCGAGUACGGCGCCCGGCCACGUAAUGCCAACCUGGCGUUGCUGGGCGCGGAGGACCGCGAGGAGGUGGACAAGCGAGAGGAAGCGUUGCAAAUGUUUGAGCGGUUAUUUGGAGGGGCCAACGGCGGCGGCAGUGGCGGCGACGCUGCGGUCACUGCCGGCACUGCCGGCGGAGGCGGUAGCGUCAGUGCCGGCCCUAGUCCAAAGGCCUCAGGCCCGAAGGCGUCACCGUCGGCGGCGAUGGCCAACGGCCGUGUCGGCGGCGCGGCUGCUGCUAGCCGGGGUCGUGGCAGCGAUGACGACGACGAGUACGACGAGUACGACGUUGAAGUGCGGUCGCCGUUGUACAGUGUGGGGAAAGCUCCUGCAGCCGGGGGCGGCGGCGCGGCAGUGCUAACGGCAGCGACUCCGAGCUCGCGCCCAGCGACGGGAAGCAGCGUGGCGGCGGCGGCGGCGGCGGGACGCGGGGGCGGUGCCGGCGGAGGACUGCGCGUGGCGAUGCCCGGCAGACCGCCGGCUGCUGCCCCUGGCGCCGGUACGGCAGGGGGUGGCUUUGCGACACACAAGCCGGCGCUACUCGCCAAGAAAGCAGCGGGGUCCGGAGGCGGCGGCAGCCCCGUCAGCGCGAUCAACUCCCCGUCGGCAGCAACAGCUACAGCCGCCGGCUCCCCGGCGUCGGUGAUAGCGAUAGCGGCGGCGAGUUCACCUGCCGCAUCGGGCUCGCCGCGGGUGGCUGCAUCGCCCCGCGACACCGGCUCACCGGGUGGUGGUAGCGGUGCGGCUACUGCCGCAGCAGCGGCAGAUGCCGCUGGCAGUAGCAGGCUGGCGGCCCGGCCCAUUAGCGCGGGUCGCCCCGUCUUUCUGCCCGCGUAG